AUCUGUACAUUUAUAAAGUUGAGUCGCCCUAAAGAAAAAACAGAGAGGAAUGUAAGACAGAGGAGUCUCUUGUUUAUGGAAGAUCAAAGUGGAGAAGGCGAAGGGGAAGAACAAGAACAUCGUUUACUCUCAUACUAACAACACCAUAAUCCAUAUUAUCGUUAAUAAAUCAUAAUUAACUAUGGGUAAGGGCCCUUUCUCCUUUCGCCGCUCUGCUUCCCGUCGCCGAACUAAGAAGACCGCCGGACCUUCGCCGCCGUCUCCGCCUCAGCCUCCGUAUGCGGCCGGAAUCGCCGCCUCGCCGGACGAGAAUGCCAACAAUCGCUUGAUUGCCAGCAGCGGUGGCGGUGGCGGUGGCGCGUUGACGAAGGCGAAGAAGAAGACCGGCGGUGCACGGUUGUGGAUGAGGUUUGACCGGUUGGGUCGGUCGGAACUCGUGGAGUGGGAGAAGAACGCAAUAGUCCGCCACGCCGCGAUUCCCACCAGAGACUUGAGGAUUUUGGGCCCUGUCUUCUCUCACUCUUCCAAUAUUCUUGCGAGAGAGAAAGCGAUGGUGGUUAAUUUGGAGUUUAUAAAGGCUAUAGUAACCGCUGAAGAAGUCCUAUUGCUUGAUCCUCUUCGCCAAGAGGUUCUUCCGUUUGUUGAGCAACUUAGGCUACAGCUUCCGCAUAAAAGUCAACCUAAACUUCUUGGCCCUGCCGAGGAACAAGAAAGUGAAAUGCAGGUAUCGAAUGGCAGACAGUGGUUGCCUGUGCCGGAAUCUGCCGAAGGUUUGCAUUCUGAGCUUCCGUUUGAAUUUCAAGUGCUGGAAAUUGCUUUGGAGGUUGUCUGUACUUAUCUGGACUCUAGUGUGGCCGACCUUGAGAGAGGUGCUUACCCUGUAUUGGAUGAACUGGCUAGGAAUGUUAGCACCAAGAAUCUUGAACACGUGCGAAGUUUGAAGAGCAAUCUUACACGUUUGCUGGCUCGCGUGCAAAAGGUACGAGAUGAAAUUGAACAUCUGUUAGAUGACAGCGAAGAUAUGGCACAGCUAUAUUUGACGAGGAAGUGGUUGCAGAAUCAGCAAUUUGAGGCUCACUUGGGUGCCACAACAUCAAAUAACUUUUCUAAUACUGCACAUACAGUUCGCCGACUUGGUUCUAACAGAAGUGGAAGUCUUGUGACCAGCAACUAUGGGGAUGAUAAUGACGUGGAGGACUUGGAGAUGUUGCUUGAUGCAUAUUUUAUGCAAUUGGAUGGAACUCGUAACAAGAUAUUAUCUGUUAGGGAGUAUAUUGAUGACACUGAAGACUAUGUCAAUAUCCAACUUGAUAACCACAGAAAUGAACUUAUUCAGCUGCAAUUGACAUUGACUAUUGCAUCAUUUGCUAUAGCCAUUGAAACGUUGAUUGCUGGUGUAUUUGGGAUGAACAUUCCUUGUACAUUAUAUAAUAAGGAUGGAAUAUUUUGGCCCUUCGUUUGGAUUACUACUGCAGGUUGCGUAUUGCUUUUCCUGCUUGUUUUAGCAUAUGCAAAAUGGAAAAAGUUAUUGGGAUCAUAAGCCAUACUUGGUCAUCAGCUAUUGUGUUGUGACAAUAGGCAAUAUAAAUUUCCACUGUCGGUUAUCUGAAGAACGGAUUCAAACGAGUCCCAGAAAUGACUUAUGAAGAGUCUAUCUCAAUUACUCCCAAUAUUAUUAGCUGAUGUCUAGGAUAUCCCAACAUUCCUUUUAACGUAAUGUACUUUUUAGCUGAUACUAUUCAAAGCAAUUUUCAUUUAGCAACUUUAUGGCGUCGUGUGCGUGUGUUGACUCGAUCAGCUUAUAUGAGCAUGGCGAUUGAAUAA